AUGAAUGGAUCCUCUGUGGAGGUCGUCAAGAGCACCAGAUUUCUUGGUGUCCACCUGGCGGAGAACCUCUCCUGCUCCCUCAACACCAGCUCCAUAACCAAGAAGGCCCAGCAGCGUCUCUACUUCAAGCAGAAGCUGAGGAAAGCCCAUCUCCCACCAUCCAUUCUCACCACCUUUUACAGUGGGACUAACAAGAGCAUCCUAAGUAGCUGCAUCACUGUCUGGUUUCCAAACAUCGGAAACACCUGCUACAUGAACUCCUGCCUGCAGAGCCUCCUCAACAUUGAGGAGUUCAUAAGAGACAUCAGGCGUCAGGGGGGACUGUCACAGUCAACAGAUUAUGGCCUUAAAGAUCACCACCUAAGAGCUUUUAAGAAGGCAUUCAGCAGUCAAGCUCCUGAAUACACCGGCAGUGCACAGAAAGACGCUCAUGAAUUCCUAACAUUAUUCCUCGAUGAGGUCAAAAGGCUCACACCUCACCUGGAGAGGAACGCAGCUCUCCUGGGCCAAAGUUAUAGCUGCCCAGUAGAAGACCAUCACAUUUUUAAAAUGGAAAACAUGAGGACAUGCAAGAGCUGCGGUCACCAAUCAUCACAGCAAGAGGAAUUCACCAGCUUGUCUCUAGACCUUGUUCCAGAGGGGUCUAUUAUAAACAUGUUAGAGACAUACUUGAAGGAACAAGAAAUAGAAUUUCGCUGUGAUUGUGGAGGGACGGCCUCAGAACUGAAGUCGUCUUUUGAUACACUGCCAAGAGUUCUGAUCUUGCAUCUGAAGAGGUUUGGCUUUACACAAACCUACAAGAUUAAGAAGGUGGAUGACCCCGUCAGGCUGCAGAGGGACUUGGUGGUGCCAUCCAAUCAGGGUGGUGGCUGUUAUAGUCUUUGCAGCAUCAUCAGUCAUUAUGGAGGCACAGAGUCAGGACACUACAUCUGUAGUUCUGUCCAUCCUGAGGAGAGUCAGCACUCUACAUCAGAUCGCUGGCUCACCUAUAAUGACGCACAGGUGCUCCACACAACUGGAUCUGCAGUUUGUGAGGAACAGCAGCAGUCGGCCUACAUCCUGUUUUACAAGAGAAACUUCUGAAACAGGAAAUGGAAGGAAGGAAGGAAGUUAAGGUCAUCAUCAUGCUGAGAAGGAAAAGCAGUCGUCCCAGCCCACCAUCGCACACUGGAGGACAAGUAUAGGUAAGUAUUGCCCUCAGGAGGGAGGGUCCUGCCAGAGAGCCUGGUCCUCCCAAGAUUUCUUCCUCCAGGAGGGAGUUUUUUCUUGCCACCGUCGCCCCACAUUCACUGGUCUCAUCAGCAGGGACAUUUUUAACCUCCUAAGACCUGAACUUUCAUGGCAUGCAUUUUUAAUUCCUCUGUGCCAUUUAGGUUGAUUGGGACCCGAUGAAGGUAAAAACCAAGACAUCA